AAAACUCACUUGAUUAACUCAAGUCAAAUGAUAUGAGUUGGCUUUAGCAUCUGCUUAGCUUUCAAAAUUGUAUUUGAAAUUAAAAAAAAAAAAAGUUAAAUCCCUUUGGGUACGGUGCACUUGUGAUUAUAACAGAUGAAACUCAGACCGGCUAUAAGGCAGAGGCUCCGGGGUGUGGCAGCUGCGCGGCAUUUGCUGUCGCCGCGCAGCCGUGGACAAUGUGCGAUGCGUAAUGUAGCCAAAGACGAUCCCUCACCAAAGUCGGACGGCUGGCACAACAAGAUUGCCAUACGUGAGCCGUAUCUCAUACUGCAUCAUUGGCUGUCGCAUGCACUAGAAAUGGAGCCGCAGAGAAAUGCGCGAGUGGCUUGUUUGGCCACGGUGGAUGAGGCUGGGCAGCCGGUCACGCGAAUGACCAGCGUCGAGCAGAUAAACGCCUCUGGACUAACAUUCUAUACGGCGCUGGGCAGUCGCCUGGCGGGCGAGAUCCUUUCCAAUCCACACGUCUCAUUGCAGAUGUAUUGGCCUCAUUUGGAGCGCAGCGUUCACAUUGCCGGGACUGUGAGUCCGGUGUCCGCCUUGCAGGCGCAGUUGCAGUUCAGCCGCUAUCCGCGAGAAAUGCAACUUAGCAUGCACGGCAUACCAACUAGGAAACACAGUCUACUCGGCAAGAUCAAGAAGUAUCUAUCUCUGAUCAUCAGCGAUCAUCGCCUUCCAAAAGUUCCUGUGCCUCCAAAUUGGGGCGGCUUCCUUUUAACUCCCACUCUAUAUGAGUUUUGUCGCACCUGCAUUAAGACGCCGGGAAGGCAGUGCAUGCGUUUUCGACGCUGUCUCACGCUGCCGCGUGGCAUGCGAAAUGAAACUGUCAAAGCGGAUCGUUACGAUUGGGUCUUCGAUAGCAGCAAUAAUUAGGAAAGUUGAGAAUCUGUGUUAGUUGUAGUA